CGCUGUCAGACGGGAGUGAUGCACGUGCUGGAGUUAGCUGCAGAGAGAACAUGAGCACUUGUCUGUUGGGGUUGAAGAGGCUCGAAAAAGCAGCGAAUAUCUCUCACGGUACCGUUUUCUGGUCCUCUUCUUUUCAUUAGCACACGCUCAGACUGCUAAGAGGGCGCACGGAGGAGCCUGACGACGCACUGAAGGGUAACUGAACGAGGAGGAGAGCAGCUCGCGGCGCGAAAGAGGAAAGUUCUCGGUGUCUGAGCCGGUGCGGGUUGAGAGAGUGUUUGUGUGUUUCUGUAUGCGCACCUCGGCAGCUUGUUAGGGUGAUUUAUUUAUAGUCGAAGGCUGAUAAGAGGACUGGUGAAGGCUGUUUGAACAGCAUGGCGGACUACCUGAUCAGCGGGCAAACCGGUUACGUCCCCGAUGACGGGCUGACGGGACAGCAGCUGUUCAACGGAGGAGACGGACUCACAUACAAUGACUUCCUGAUUCUGCCAGGCUACAUUGACUUCACUGGUGAUCAAGUGGACCUGACAUCAGCGCUCACCAAAAAAAUCACCAUGAAGACCCCCUUCGUCUCCUCUCCUAUGGACACUGUCACUGAAGCCAACAUGGCCAUCGCUAUGGCACUAACAGGUGGUAUAGGCUUCAUUCACCACAACUGCACUCCAGAGUUCCAGGCUAAUGAAGUCCGCAAAGUCAAGCGAUAUGAGCAGGGCUUCAUCACAGAUCCUGUGGUGAUGAGCCCCAACGAGCGAGUAAGGGAUGUCUUCCAGGCCAAGGCACGCCAUGGGUUCUGUGGCAUCCCUGUCACAGAUAACGGCAAAAUGGGCAGCAAGUUGGUGGGCAUCAUCUCAUCCAGAGACAUCGAUUUUCUGAAGGUGGAGGACCACGACCUUCCACUGAGUGAGGUGAUGACAAAGCGAGAGGAUCUGGUGGUCGCCCCCGCUGGAGUGACUCUGAAAGAAGCCAAUGAAAUCCUCCAGAGGAGUAAGAAAGGUAAAUUGCCCAUAGUGAAUGAAGAGGGGUCCCUGGUGUCCAUCAUCGCUCGCACAGACUUGAAGAAGAACAGAGACUUCCCCUUAGCUUCCAAAGAUUCUCGGAAACAGCUGCUGUGUGGUGCAGCCAUCGGCACACACGAUGACGACAAGUACCGGCUGGACCUGUUGGUGCAGAGCGGAGUGGAUGUGGUUGUACUAGACUCAUCUCAGGGCAACUCGAUCUUCCAGAUCAAUAUGAUCAAAUAUAUUAAAGAAAAGUACCCCAACCUGCAGGUCAUCGGUGGCAAUGUCGUGACUGCAGCUCAGGCCAAGAAUCUGAUUGAUGCAGGAGUGGAUGCACUGAGAGUGGGGAUGGGCAGCGGCUCCAUCUGCAUCACGCAGGAAGUGCUGGCAUGUGGCAGACCCCAAGCCACAGCUGUCUAUAAGGUUUCAGAGUAUGCCAGGCGUUUUGGCAUUCCGGUCAUCGCUGACGGCGGCAUCCAGACCGUUGGCCACAUUGCAAAGGCCGUAGCACUUGGAGCAUCCACAGUGAUGAUGGGUUCUCUGCUGGCUGCUACUAGUGAAGCUCCUGGUGAAUAUUUCUUCUCUGAUGGCAUCAGGCUGAAGAAAUACCGUGGCAUGGGCUCCCUGGACGCCAUGGACAAAAACCUGGGCUCCCAGACCAGAUACUUCAGUGAGAACGAUAACAUUAAAGUCGCUCAGGGUGUUUCCGGAGCUGUGCAGGACAAAGGCUCCAUCCACAAGUUUGUUCCUUACCUGCUCGCUGGCAUUCAGCACUCCUGCCAGGACAUCGGAGCCAAAAGCCUAACCCAACUCAGAGCCAUGAUGUACUCUGGAGACCUGAAAUUUGAAAAGAGAACAACAUCAGCUCAGAAAGAAGGCGGAGUCCACAGCUUGCACAGUUACGAGAAACGUCUCUUUUAAGGAGAAGCUUGUCUUCUGAUGGAGAAUCCUUCCAACAGACAUUAUGCAAAAACACUACUUGCCAGAUCAUCUGAUAGCUGUAUUUGACGCACACCCACAACUACACUUCUCAUUAGAGUAGUCUGUAAAGAUCAACCUCUCUCAAACUCCACUCUUCCAGUGAUCCAUUAGUCUUCCUGCCAGUGUCAUCUAUGCAUCGUCUGUUUUAAAUGUGAAGGACGGAAUUAAAGCAUUUCAAUGAGUGCACGGGUGAUUGUGUCAUGAAAAUAUCCAGUGCUUUUCAUGUUGUUUCAAAGUAUUUGAACCCUGCUGUGUCCAUUUCAAGAUGAAAAAUGUCCAGUAAUA